GCAUGACCAGAAGAUCGUGUGCAGUUCCAUCCCACCGCAAAAUAAAUUAGGUAAUGCUCACCAACGGGUACCAUAAGUUUGAGCAUUCUCAGGAAAAUAAAAAAUGAGCAACCAUUCCAAAAAUAAAUAUGUACCGUUCAACAGGCUGAUCACCAUCCAAAAACAAAAAAUGAGCAACCACUCCAAAAAUAACAAAAAUAUUGCACCAACCCCGCCAACACUCAAAAUGCUUUUAUACUCUACAAUAUUCGAUACUCACGGCAACGUACACCAUCAAUCCGGCACAAAACCGCCGUACAUCGACAGCAUAAUCGACACGGUAGUACGAAAGAACAUUCAGCACGGUGAAAUAAUGGUGCAGGGCCGCAAUGUUGCCUAUAGAAUGAUUGGGAAGAGGGUGUUUAUGUGUGUGGGUGAUGAUGCGAAUGCACAGAUUGAUCGGAUGGCUGCCGCGUAUCAGGAGGGUGGAACAGCAGGUGAGCGGGCGGUAGAUGAGCGGUCUGCCAUGCAGAAACAGGGUAAGAAACACAGGCACUGGGUAGGAACUGAACGGGAGUUGGACUAUUCGAGCUCUGCUCGCACGGUGAGCUACGUGCCGGUCACCAAGAGCACGUUUAACCUGUUUGACGUGAAACGGCGCUUGUUCAAGACUUUUGAUCGUGAGGCGUUGCUCACGCACCUGCUCAACAAGAACGUGGCUCCGGAGGUGGCGGGUGAUGUUUUGAUGUAUGCUGAGAGCAUCGACGAUGUGCGUGAGACGAUGAGGAGCAUCGUAAGGACAAAGAUUCUUGGGGAGGGAGGGGGCGUGCCGUACCGCGUUGCGCUGGUCGGAACGAACGGUGUUGGCAAGACAACAACACUGAGCAAGCUGUGCUACCACUUUGCAAAGCAUGAUAAGAGCGUGUACGUGGCGGCAUGUGAUACGUUCAGGGCAGGUGCUAUCGAGCAGCUGCAAACGUACGUGAACCGUUUAAAGAUAAAUCACAAGAUUGACAUACACCAGCAGGGGUACAACAAGGAGGAGUGGAAGGUGGCACGUUCUGCCCUGCAGCAUGGCAAGGCGUACGAUGUGAUCCUGGUUGACACGGCAGGCCGUGUCAAUAAGAAGCCGUUGAUAGACUCGCUUAGAAAGCUGACAAGCCUUGGUUUCGAUGACGUGGUGUACGUGAGCGAGGCAUUGAAGGGGUACGAAAAGGAUGUUCUUGCAUUUGACAUGGUGACAGCAAUCAUUGUGACCAAGAUUGAUACGGUAGAUGACAGAAUAGGCUCCAUUCUCAAUCUUUGUUACUUCAGCAAGAAGCCGGUCGUGUUCUUAGGACACGGCCAGAGCAACGUUGACCUUGAAAAGGUGGAUGUUGAGAAGGUAAUUGAUACGCUGCUCAGCGAGUAAGGCACUGCCACGCUGAGUGUGCCGUGGUGCACAGAUAUAACUGCCGUUUAUGCACUCUUUAAAAUAAUUAAAUACGACUUUUGGAUGCGCAA